GUUGGACAAAAAUGGAUAUCCAUAAAUCUAUGGAUGAAAAUAUUCAGCGUUUCAAUUUUUCUUCCUUUCACAUUUGUCAUUGAAAAAUUGACCAUUGAGUUUCUCCUUAAAUAACUUUUGAGUUCGGAAAGAUUAAUUUAGUCUUCUUCUCUUAGAUAAUUCUCUUGCAUAGUUAUAAUUUCACAAACAAAUGCUUAUGUAGAAGAGUUGUUCCAUAUUUCCAGUUAACUGAAAUUAGUAGUGUGAGAUCUGAGAGAGAGAGAUAGAGAGAGAGAGAGAGAGAGAGGAGAGAGAGAGAGAGAGAGAGAGAGAGAGAGAGAGCAUUGAAAGAGAUGGCUUAUGGUGCUGCUGGUUGUCUGGAGCUGACAAUUGAGCGGCUUUUGAAAUCAUCUUAUAUUUCGAUUGUUCAAAAUUCAUCUCCACAAAUCAUCAAACUUUUGUACAAGGAGAUUCUUUCCUUAAAAGAAGCUCUCAGAGAAUUCGAUAAAAAGAGGAGCACCAUCAACAUGAAGAUGGUGAAAAGUUUGGAGGCGGAAAUGGUAGAGGCAAUAUACAAAUUCGAAGAUGUAAUCGACCCUCAUCUCUCAAAUCAGUUCCAUUCACAAUCUGAAGAAGAAGAAGAAGAAGAGACGGCCGAUCAUCCUCCAUCAAUGGUAUUCUCAGUAGAUGUGCAGGAAAUAAAGCAAGAUGUCGAUUCCUUUAUCGAAACAAUGAACAAGAUGAAGAGGGCCUAUAUCCACGAAUUACACAAUCCCUCACCUGAAGAAGAUGAUGAUGAUGAUUUUGUGGCAUCAAAAACUCAUUUUCGGGGAAAUGAGCCUAUCAUGGUUGGAUUAUCUGAUAUAUUUAUGUCAAUAGAAAAUUGGCUUAAUUCCUCAAAUUCUGAAAGGAUUAUUGUGUCGCUGGUCGGGAUGGCUGGCAUUGGUAAGACUACUCUUUCCAAGAAACUCUUUCAUGAUCCAUUCAUUGUGAGUUGUUAUAGCAGGCUCGUGUUCGUGACCAUAGGCCCUAAAUAUCGUCUAGCGGAUAUCUUGGUGGAUAUUCUAACACAAGUGAAUCCCGACUUUGAUGAAAUAAUGCUUAUGAAAGGAGAAAAAGUAUUAGCUGGAUUGAAAAGGAUGGUUUACGAAAGUUUAAAGUAUUUGAGUUACUUGAUCGUGUUGGAUGAUGUAUGGGAAAUAGACCUCUGUUCUGUGUUGUUGGAGUUAUUUCCAGAUGACAAAAAUGGAAGUCGAGUGUUGGUCACAACUAGGAUGAAAAAAGUAGCUGAUUGUGCUAAGCCUUUGAAUAUUUGCAAAAUACCCUUCCUUGAUAAGAAAGAAAGUUGGGAUCUUCUUCGCGAGAAGGUGUUUGGUGAAGAAGAACCGUGCUCUUAUAGACUUGAGAAAGCUGGAAAGAAGAUUGCCGAGAAUUGUGAAGGUCUUCCUCUUACAAUCAUCACGGUUGCCAAUAUCCUGUCAAAAGUUGACAAGACAAUAGAGUACUGGAACGAGGUAGCGGAUGAUAAACAAAAUUCAGUAUAUAAGGAUGCAUAUGAACAAAUGUCAAAGGUACUAUAUCCAAGCUAUGACUACUUAGAUCAACAUUUAAAAGCAUGUUUUCUCUACAUUGGAGCUUUCCCACAAAAUUAUUUACUAGACCAGUCCCAACUAGCCAACUUGUCGAGUGCUGAAGGAUUUCUUAACUCAGAAUCAGUGCAUUACUAUGAGGAGACCAUGGAUUAUGCAUAUGAUAGCUUUGGAUAUUGUGAUGACCUUUAUGCCACAAAUGUUAUCAUGUUCGACAAUGAAACAUUUGAUUUUUACCUUCAUUCGUCCUUUUGGUACUUGUGUAACAAAGAAGCUGCCAGGACCAAGUUGUUCUAUGCCUUAAAUUGCCAUGGCGAUACUCUACCGGAAGAAGGUAUAGAAAGCCAGCGCCGAUUGUGCAUCCGUAAUAAUAUUCUACUUGCCAUCAAAGAUGUGCACAACUCAAUUGCAUCUGAUUCAAAGGUACGAUCUCUCCUUUGUACCGGUUAUUUUCAUAAAUAUCCAGUACCGCUGUUUUUGGAACAUUUGAGGUUGCUGAGGGUAUUGGAUGCUCUUUCUAUUAGAUUCUAUGAGUUCCCGAUAAAAGUAUUGAAACUAGUUCAAUUAAGAUACCUCGCCCUCCUUUAUAAUGGAAACCUCCCUUCUUCCAUUUCCAAACUCUGGAACCUUCAAUACUUGAUUGUUAUUCAACAUCCAAGGAUAGUAAAAUCUGUUGGGAAUCUAUUGUAUCUGCCUAUUGAGAUAUGGAAUAUGAAUGAAUUGAAGUAUCUUUACACCUGCGGAAGAGACCUACCACAUCCUUGUUGUGAAGGAUCUCUCCUACCAAACCUAUUAAAACUAGGUGGUGUCGGUCCUCAAAGUUGUGCCAAAUCUGUGCUCGAAAAAAUCCCUAAAUUGAAGGCGUUAUCGAUUGAUAUCGAGCUGGCUCCUGAUGCUACAGAGCCCUUGACAUGCUUUGAUCACGUUUCCCAUCUCCAUCAACUACAAGAACUAAGAUGUUACAUUAUGAAUCCUACAUUGAAGACAGAGGUUGUUACCCCACUUGUUCCUCUUUCAGACUUCCCAUUAAGUCUUACAGCGUUAGUUUUGAGUGGCUUAGGAUCUCCGUGGGAAGAAAUGAGAAAUAUUUCUUCAUUGCCAAAUCUUACACAUCUCGAACUGAAAUUCUAUGCUUUUCGAGGCCCAAAAUGGGAGGUUCGUGACAACGAAUUCCAAAGUCUCUUAUAUCUUGAGAUUGAAGACAUCAAUCUGGAGCAAUGGACAUUUCAAAAUUGUCUAUGCCUCCCUGUGAUUCAGGGCCUUCACAUCGCACAUUGCUACAAGUUAAAAGAGAUCCCUCUCACAUUUGGUAAAUCUCUUCUAAGCAUUAAAAUAGUCGAAUGCAACCCUAUGGCUGUGAAAUGUGCAAUCAAGUUAAAAGAGGAGUGGGACGACAAAUAUGCUGGUCGUGAACGUUUGUUAGAACUUGUUGUUCGUUCUUCACUGUAACAAUGGGAACACCAAACCGUGAGUGACUCUACCAUAUCAUUGAUUCUUCAAAAGGUUAGUCGUUAAAUUUUUAUAUCUAUCGAAAAUACUAAUAUUUUAGUCAAUGCCCAUUCAGGUAAAAGGAAUUAAACAACCUUAAAUUUUUUAGUAUUAAAUUUGAAUUAACAUAUAUAUAUUUUUUAUUAUAAUUUCAUCAUACAGUGAAUAUUACCAAAGAUAUACUCAGUAUAUAUGCAUACAUUCUCCUACAAAACAAGAGAAAUAGACAAUAUAGAUAUAUGGUUGAUAACACAUAUAAUAGGAUCAUAUAAGUUGCGUUUGGAUGAAACAGUUUGAAUUUGCUACAACAGAGAUAGAUUUUAUUAUAGAGUAAAUUACGAAAACUCCCUGAACUUAGGCUAAAUAACGAAAAAAACCCACAUAUUCCUAAUUACCAAAAACCCCUGAGGUUUGUUUCCGUCUUACACCAACCCUUUACAGUGUGAGUUUUCACGUAUUUUUUUUAAUUCCAAGAAAUAGACUUUACACAAUUGCACAUAUUUUCUUUUAUUUCUCACCUAUUUAAUAAAAGGUAUAAUAGAUUGUACAAAUUUUCUGUUAAAAAACUCGGUUAACAGUUAAUCAGAAUGGGAUUUCGGUUAUUACGGAUAGGUGGUGGUGUUUUUCGUUAUUUAGCCUAAGUUCAGGGAGGUUUUCGUAAUUUACGCU